AUGUGGGUGCUGGCUGUAGGCGUGCUGCUCAGCGCCACGGGCACAGGUUCUGCCCAGUUGAUCCUUACCGCAACAGAUGUAGAAACAACUAACUGUAACAAAACUGUUGUUUUACCUUGCUAUGUGACUAACCUCCAGGAGAAGAAUGAAAAGACCAUGAUUGUUUUGUGGAAAAGACAAGGACAAGAUAUAUUUUCUUUUGAUGGAGCAAACCAGCAGAUUUUCAGAGAUGCAACAGUUCCAUCUGCUAACUUGGUCUCGCAGGCGGAUUUACGUAAGGGUAUUGCAUCCCUCAUGCUUAACACUGCAGAAGCAGAAGCUGGAAAUUACAGUUGUCAAGUAACAGAAUCAAACAGAGAAGGAACAGUAAGAGUGGAACUUAGAAAACAUUCAGGAUCGUGGUUUCUUCUAGUGGAAAGAGCUAUCAUCAUAGUGUUGCUGUUCUUAAUUAUUGUUUUGUGUUUGGCUCAGUUAAGUGUUGUUGCAUUUAAAUAUGAAAUAGUGCUUCAGAAGAAAGUGAGCAUUGCUGUAGCAGGUUUCAUCUUCACAGUUGCUGCUGUUAUAGGCACUGUUCUUUUUGUCCAAGAUGGCUUCGCUGCACAGAAUCAGGCUGGGCUUGGCCUCAUUGUAAUCCCUGCUGUGAGCAUGGUACCACUCCAGUACUUUAUUUUUAGAAUUGUUUUUGAUAGUCUACCACAAGCAACAUUUGCUCUGAUAGGAUUGCACAUUCUCGGUUAUGUAAUUGCUGUGGUUGGUUUUGCACUGUGUGUCUCAGCCUGUCCUCCUUCACAUGGGUCUAUCUUGAUUGCUGGCUUAGCUAUUAUGGCUAUCACAAAUUUGCUGAGCCUGGCUUACGUGUUUAUUAUGGGUUCCAGAAUGAAAGAUCAUCCUCGUCCAGGGAAAGCUGUAGAAGAACCACUAAAUGAACCGAGGAGCUAUGUGAUGUGUGAAAAGUACACCGAUGUUGGUACACCGUGGCCUUGAAGAUGCACUACUCAACAAGAAGAAAUUCAGGAAAACUAGUUGUUGUGCAUG